UUUGACAGUUGUGGCCGCUGUCUAGCUGAUGUUCGGAAUCGAAAUUUAAUAAGAUAUUUUUCCCGAAACUCUUAUUUAAACAAUUUGCUCUCAUAUUUCAAUGGCUGCAAAUAUCACAAAAGUUCCCAUACUUCGAGCUGUAGCGGCACGUGGCUACGCUACCUGCCCACCAGCUCCCAUUGGAGGAAUCCACGAUUACGAAGUAAAAAAUACCACUUUACCGAACAAUUUAGUCGUUGCUUCGGCCGAAAAUGAGUGCCCUAUUUCGCGAAUUUCCAUCGUUUUCAGGGCUGGUUCCCGCAAUGAAACCCAUGAAAAUUCUGGCGUUACUCACACUCUUCGCAUUUGUGCAGGCUUGUCAACGAAAAAUGCCUCACAGUUUGCCAUUACGCGUAAUAUUCAACAAGCUGGUGCCAGUUUAACAGCCACUUCUGAUCGCGAAAUAGUUUCCUACACUUUGGAAGMCACCAGAAAGGCUGUUGAAAAAACAUUACCUUUCCUGACAGAAGUUGCAACUCAACAGGUUUUCAAGCCUUGGGAAGUGGCAGACAAUGUGGGUCGCCAAAGACUUGAACUUGCGAUUCGACCACCACAGUUAAGAGCAAUUGAUUUGGUCCACAAAGCCGCUUUCCGUCGCGGUCUUGGAAACUCCCUCUACAGCGCGAAAUACAAUCUAGGAAACGUUUCAUCUGAAACCCUCCAACACUAUGUCGCCAGCAACUUCCUUACUGGUCGCGCUGCAGUUGUCGGUCUAGGUGUAGACCACUCACAACUUGUUAAAUACGCCCAAGGGCUAGCCCUUGAAAGUGGAGAAGGUACAACCAACGCCUCUCCUUACUUUGGCGGCGAAAUUAGAUCAGAUAAAGGGGGCGACUUUGCGUACGUUGCUAUUGCUGGUCAAGGUGCUGCUUGGAAAAACUCCAAGGAAGCCCUCGCAAUUUCUGUACUACAGAAAGCUCUGGGUGGAGGUCCCAAAGUUAAAUGGGGAUCUGUAGAUAACGGAGCGUUGAGCAAGGUUGUUGGUAGCGAUGGAGAUGGCAAACACGCACUGAAUACGUUUAAUGCGUGCUACAGCGAUGCUGGAAUUUUUGGUGUGUUGAUCGCAGCACCAGAGGCCACUGCCGGUAAAAUUGUUCAAGCUGCAGUGAAAUUGUUGAAAGCCGGAAGUUUGACUGAUGCUGAUGUUAACAGAGGAAAGAAUCAAUUGAAAUCAGCACUCCUUUUGAAGAAUGAGUCUGGAUCAAACGCCAUUGAUUUUCUCGGAAGUCAGGCGGCUGUUUUGGGGUCGGCGAAAUCGCCAAGUCAAGUGGUUGCAGAGAUUGAUUCUAUCACAACAGCAGAUGUCAAUGCUGCCCUCAAGAAAGUUGUUUCUGGUAAACUGUCAAUAGCUUCCGUUGGCCAACUGCGCACUGUACCAUUUUUAGAUGAAUUAAAGUAAACUUAAGUCAGCUGUGUUAAAACCAUAAUAAAUUAUGUUGUAUAAAUUCUGUUUUAAUCUAAACUGAUACAUUCUAGAAUAUGUAUUUGUUUAAUAAAAUAUAAAUCACAUUGUAAGUAAAACUGGUUAUAAAAUGUAUUCAAGCGUCAAAUUGCUGCAACUGCGAUUAUACUUAUAAAUAAUAAAAUAAUGACAACCCAA